AGAACCGGAAUAUUUUCGCGUGAUUUUCUUGCACGGCAAACGAACGAGGCAACAAAAGUAAACAUGACACACUUGAAGUAUAUUUUAUUUAUUUUAGUUGUUGGUUUUUCCUGCACUCAAUUCUUGUUUACUAAUGGACUGGUCUGUCUUUCAUUUCCAAAAGACAAUGUGAUGCGAGAAAAGUGUAAACACAAUGAUAGUUUUUGCAUAAAUGAAGAGUGUCUUCGCAAUGAUAUUGCUUGUAUGAGUUAUGUCAUCAAAUCUCCUUCAGGAUAUCAACGAGAAUAUCUUCAAUCUGGGUGCAUUCCAUCUGAUAAUGCUCAUAAAAAAUGUGUUUAUCAUAAAUGUGUGCUAUACCAACCCGCUGCACUCACAAAGAAAAACGAGUAUUACUGUUGUUGUUAUGGUGAUCUCUGCAACCGCAAUCUCACUGAAGACGACAACUGGAUAAAAUCAAAAGCAAACAGUGCUUCCACCACAAGUGUCACACCUAAAGAAAAUCACUCAUCCUCAUCGUUGCACAUGGUUGUGUAUAUUGUACUUCCAAUUGUUCUACUUGGUGCUCUUUUUCUGGUAUAUUUAAUAAAAUUUCACAAGCGCACAAAAUUAAUAAAAGAGCCUCUAUUGGUUGAGCUAACGGAAGUGCCGCUUGAAUCGGAAACAAAAGCUGUGCAAGUGUUGGAGGUAAUUCAUGAAGGAAGAAUUAGUUGUGUUUACAAAGCGUCUUAUCAGAACAAGGUGGUAGCAGUAAAAAUGUUGCAUGCUGACAAUAAAUUUAUGUGGGACAUGGAACGGGACAUGUAUGAAAAACAUCAAUUAAAUCAUGAGAACAUAUUAAAGUUUAUUGGAGCAGAAAAAAGAUCAUUGUCCAGCAUGACCCAAUUUUGGAUAAUUACAGAAUAUCACAACAAGGGAUCACUCAUAGACUUUUUACAAACUUCUACAGUUGAUGUAGCGCAGUUGUUUGCUAUGCUGUUAGGUGUUGUAACUGGCUUAAACUAUUUGCACAGGGGUGACCUUUCCACUGGUCGGUCGAUCAUUGCACAUCGAGACUUAAAGACACGCAACAUCAUGGUGAAAAAUGAUUUAACGUGUUGCAUUGGUGACUUCGGUCUUGCCAUACCACUUUCUAAUACUUCGCCUACUGAUGGUGCGACUGCACAGGUGGGCACUAUACGAUACAUGGCACCUGAGAUUCUGCAAGGAGCCAUCACAUUCCAGCGAGAGUCGUACUUGGCUAUCGAUAUUUAUGCAUUAGCUCUAGUUAUGUGGGAAGUACUUUCAAGAUGUCGAACUGCAGACGUAACACCAGUUGAGUACGAAGCACCGUAUGUGAACGAAGUUGGCUAUCAACCUCUACUAAAAGACAUGUGUAUUUGCGUCGUGUCAGAAAAAAGAAGACCCGUCAUAAAAGAAGAGUGGAGGAGAGAUUAUAAAAUGGACGACCUUUGCUCUACGAUAGAAGACUGUUGGGAUGAUGAUCCUGACGCUCGGCUCACGGUUUCUUGUGUAAAAGAACGUUUAACUAGAUUGUCACGUGAUAACGAGUAUCCAACGUAUAUUGGUCGAAAGUCUUCACUUGUGAAGGAACCAGAUUGCUUUGAAUGUACUGAAAGCACCGGUUUGUAACCAUCGUAUGUUGGUCGGCAUUCUUUCUGUGGAAUGGGACUAUGUCGGACAACCGAGUGGUUUCAAACAACCGACGAGUAUCAAACAACCGACGAGUAUCGAACAACCGACGGGUAUCGAACAAUUUUUAAAGCACUAAUUUUUCUAUGUUGUAAAAAAAAAUUUUUAUUAUUAUUUACAAAAAAAAAAUCGAAAC